AUGUCUAGACAUUCAGACUGUAAAGUUUAUGUUGGAGACUUAGGAAAUAGUGCUUCAAAGCAAGACAUUGAAGAUUCUUUUAAAUAUUACGGUCCACUUCGUAAUGUUUGGGUAGCAAGGAAUCCACCAGGUUUCGCAUUCGUGGAGUUCGAAGACCCCAGAGACGCCGAAGAUGCUAUCAGAGGACUAGAUGGUCGUAGAAUCUGCGGUCGCAAAGCGCGAGUAGAAAAAUAUGGCAGAACGAUAUGCGGCAGGCGAGCUAGAGUGGAAAUGUCUAGCGGCAAGAAUGGGGGCAGGUACAGAGGACCGCCCCCAAGGUCUCGUGGUAAGCCUUUCCACCCUGAUGAUAGAUGCUAUGAGUGUGGAGAUAGAGGACACUAUGCAAGAGAUUGUACUAAAUAUAGACGGGGAGGACGUCACAGGUCUCGAAGUCGUUCACGAAGUCGUUCAAGGGAUCGCAGAAGCCGUACCAGAAGCAAUUCUCGCUCACGAAGCCGUUCCAGGAACCGUUCAAGAUCUGUUUCCAGGAAAAGGAGCCGUAGCCGUUCCCGCACGAAUGAUAAGCGGUCAAGGUCUAGAUCUCAUUCUAGAUCAAGGUCUCGCAGCAGGUCCGUUAAGGAGAACGGAAAUUCGAAAGAUUAG